CACCUCCAUUGGACGUGUGUGCCUCCCUUCUGCAGCAGCAGGACGCUCGCUCUGCGCCCGCCGGGGCCGGCCGGCACCUGCAGCUCGGACCGCACCCCCACCCACACCCUUCACGCACCCCCUCCGCUGGACUUGGCAGCAGGUGCCUUCUCUCGGGAGAUCGCUUCGCAUUAACUUUCCCAUCUGACAUAAUAAUGGAGAGAAAAUGAAGAGAUCCCAUUAGCGGCUGGCUAGCUGGCAGGCGGGCGGCCGGGAGAGCGAAGAGCGAGCGCAGGGUCCCCGCGCACCGGAGCGGAGCGGAGCGGAGGGAGCCAGUAUUUUUAGCCAGAUGCCGCGUAACUUGCUGGCGCUCCCCGCGCCGCCCAGCAGAUAACGGGGGAGGGGGAGCUCGGAUUUCAGCGCGGGCGCCGGACGAUGGCAGCGAGACAGGGCAGGUCCGGGCCAGACCCUGCGGCCGAUGCUGCUACCAGUUUUCUGAGGGCAGCACGAUCAGGUAACUUGGACAAAGCUUUGGAUCACCUGCGGAAUGGGGUGGAUAUUAACACCUGUAACCAGAAUGGGUUGAACGGCUUGCAUCUGGCCUCUAAAGAAGGUCAUGUGAAAAUGGUGGUUGAACUUCUGCACAAAGAAAUCAUUCUAGAAACAACAACCAAGAAAGGAAACACAGCUCUGCACAUCGCUGCCCUCGCUGGUCAGGAUGAGGUGGUCCGGGAGCUGGUCAACUAUGGCGCCAAUGUCAACGCUCAGUCACAGAAAGGCUUUACCCCCCUGUACAUGGCAGCACAAGAAAAUCAUUUGGAAGUGGUGAAGUUUUUACUGGAAAAUGGAGCUAAUCAGAAUGUAGCCACAGAAGAUGGCUUCACUCCUCUAGCUGUGGCUCUGCAGCAGGGCCAUGAGAAUGUGGUGGCACACCUCAUCAACUACGGGACAAAAGGGAAAGUGCGACUACCGGCCCUGCACAUCGCAGCCCGGAACGAUGACACACGGACAGCUGCGGUGCUUCUGCAGAAUGACCCCAACCCAGACGUGCUUUCCAAGACGGGAUUUACCCCCCUCCACAUCGCAGCUCACUACGAGAACCUCAAUGUGGCCCAGUUACUCCUCAACAGGGGAGCCAGUGUCAACUUCACGCCACAGAAUGGUAUCACACCAUUGCACAUCGCCUCCCGCAGGGGGAACGUGAUCAUGGUGCGACUCCUGCUGGACCGGGGAGCCCAGAUAGAAACAAGGACCAAGGACGAAUUGACACCUCUCCACUGUGCAGCUCGGAAUGGGCACGUUCGAAUCUCAGAGAUCCUGUUGGACCACGGAGCACCCAUCCAAGCCAAAACCAAGAAUGGCUUAUCCCCAAUUCACAUGGCGGCUCAGGGAGACCACCUCGACUGUGUCCGACUUCUAUUGCAAUACAAUGCAGAGAUAGAUGACAUCACCCUGGACCACCUGACCCCGCUCCACGUCGCAGCCCACUGCGGCCAUCACAGGGUGGCCAAGGUCCUUUUGGAUAAAGGAGCCAAACCAAACUCCAGAGCCCUGAAUGGCUUUACCCCCUUACACAUUGCCUGCAAGAAGAACCACAUCCGUGUUAUGGAACUGCUGCUGAAGACAGGGGCCUCCAUUGAUGCGGUCACUGAGUCCGGCCUGACACCUCUCCACGUGGCCUCCUUCAUGGGGCACCUUCCCAUAGUGAAGAACCUCCUGCAGCGGGGGGCAUCACCCAACGUCUCCAACGUGAAAGUGGAAACCCCAUUACACAUGGCAGCCAGAGCAGGGCACACGGAAGUGGCCAAAUACCUGCUCCAGAAUAAAGCCAAAGUCAAUGCUAAGGCCAAGGAUGAUCAGACCCCACUUCACUGUGCAGCUCGCAUCGGCCACACAAACAUGGUGAAGCUCCUCCUAGAAAAUAAUGCCAACCCCAACCUGGCCACCACUGCCGGGCACACGCCCCUGCACACUGCGGCCCGAGAGGGCCAUGUGGAUACAGCCCUGGCCCUUCUGGAAAAGGAGGCAUCCCAGGCCUGCAUGACCAAGAAAGGAUUUACCCCUCUCCACGUGGCGGCUAAGUACGGGAAGGUGAGGGUGGCAGAGUUGCUGCUGGAACGAGACGCACAUCCAAAUGCUGCCGGGAAGAAUGGCUUGACUCCCCUGCACGUGGCCGUUCAUCACAAUAACCUGGAGAUUGUCAAGCUGCUGCUGCCUCGGGGUGGCUCCCCACACAGCCCGGCCUGGAAUGGAUACACCCCUUUGCACAUUGCCGCCAAGCAGAACCAGAUGGAGGUGGCCCGCAGUCUGUUGCAGUACGGGGGGUCAGCAAAUGCAGAGUCGGUGCAAGGUGUGACUCCCCUUCACUUGGCUGCCCAAGAAGGUCAUGCUGAGAUGGUUGCUCUGCUCCUUUCGAAACAAGCCAAUGGCAACCUGGGAAACAAGAGUGGACUCACUCCUCUCCAUCUGGUAGCACAAGAAGGCCAUGUUCCAGUGGCAGAUGUGCUCAUCAAACAUGGUGUCACAGUGGAUGCCACCACCCGGAUGGGUUACACUCCACUCCAUGUGGCCAGUCAUUAUGGAAAUAUCAAGCUGGUGAAGUUUCUACUACAGCACCAGGCAGAUGUCAAUGCCAAGACCAAGCUAGGAUACAGCCCCUUGCACCAAGCGGCCCAACAAGGACAUACUGACAUUGUGACUUUGCUGCUGAAAAAUGGCGCUUCCCCAAAUGAGGUCAGCUCGAAUGGAACCACACCUCUGGCAAUAGCCAAGCGUUUGGGUUACAUUUCUGUGACCGACGUGCUUAAAGUUGUCACGGACGAAACCAGUGCAGCGUUAGUCAGUGACAAGCACCGCAUGAGUUACCCUGAGACAGUGGAUGAGAUCCUGGAUGUCUCUGAAGAUGAAGGAACCGCUCACAUAUCUAUAAUGGGGGAAGAACUUGUUGGCUCCAAGGCUGAGAAGCCAGAUUCCAGGGACUUGGAUGAAGAGAAAGAGCUGUUGGAUUUUGUGCCGAAGCUAGACCAAGUGGUGGAAUCUCCAGCCAUCCCCAGGAUUCCUUGUGUCACACCUGAGACAGUGGUGAUUCGAUCUGAAGAGCCAGAACAGGCAUCUAAAGAAUAUGAUGAAGACUCACUCAUCCCCAGCAGCCCUGCCACGGAAACCUCAGACAACAUCAGCCCAGUGGCCAGCCCUGUCCACACAGGGUUUCUGGUGAGCUUCAUGGUAGAUGCCCGAGGAGGCUCCAUGAGAGGAAGUCGCCACAACGGCCUGAGGGUGGUGAUCCCCCCACGGACCUGUGCAGCACCCACACGUAUCACCUGUCGCCUGGUCAAGCCCCAGAAGCUGAGCACACCACCCCCGCUGGCUGAGGAGGAGGGCCUGGCCAGCAGGAUCAUCGCGCUGGGGCCCACGGGGGCCCAGUUCCUGAGCCCUGUGAUUGUGGAGAUCCCCCACUUUGCCUCCCAUGGUCGUGGGGACCGCGAGCUUGUGGUUCUGAGAAGUGAAAAUGGCUCUCUGUGGAAGGAACACAAGAGCCGCUCUGGAGAAAGCUACCUGCAACAGAUCCUCAAUGGGAUGGACGAAGAGCUGGGGAGCCUGGAGGAGCUGGAGAAGAAGAGGGUCUGCCGCAUCAUCACCACCGACUUCCCCUUGUACUUCGUGAUUAUGUCGCGGCUCUGCCAGGACUAUGACACCAUUGGUCCUGAAGGGGGCUCUCUGAAGAGCAAGCUGGUACCCCUGGUGCAGGCAACGUUCCCAGAAAAUGCUGUCACCAAGAAAGUGAAACUGGCUCUGCAGGCCCAGCCUGUCCCAGAUGAGCUAGUCACCAAGCUCCUGGGCAACCAGGCCACAUUCAGCCCCAUUGUCACAGUGGAGCCAAGACGCCGGAAGUUCCAUCGUCCCAUUGGACUUCGGAUCCCACUCCCUCCUUCUUGGACUGACAACCCACGAGACAGUGGUGAGGGAGACACCACCAGCCUGCGCCUGCUCUGCAGCGUCAUUGGCGGAACUGACCAAGCCCAGUGGGAAGACAUAACAGGAACAACCAAGCUCGUGUAUGCCAACGAGUGUGCCAACUUUACCACCAAUGUCUCUGCCAGGUUUUGGCUGUCGGACUGUCCUCGGACUGCUGAGGCUGUGAACUUUGCCACUCUGUUAUACAAAGAGCUUACCGCAGUGCCCUACAUGGCCAAGUUUGUCAUUUUUGCCAAAAUGAAUGACCCCCGGGAAGGGCGACUGCGUUGCUACUGCAUGACAGAUGACAAAGUGGACAAGACUCUGGAACAGCAUGAGAACUUUGUGGAGGUGGCCCGGAGCAGGGACAUAGAGGUUUUGGAAGGAAUGCCCCUUUUCGCAGAACUUUCUGGCAACCUGGUACCUGUCAAGAAAGCUGCCCAGCAGCGGAGCUUCCACUUCCAGUCAUUCCGGGAGAACCGUUUGGCCAUACCUGUAAAGGUGAGGGACAGCAGUCGAGAACCAGGAGGGUUCUUGUCAUUUCUGCGCAAGGCGAUGAAGUAUGAGGACACCCAGCACAUCCUCUGCCAUUUGAACAUUACCAUGCCCCCCUGCACGAAGGGGAGUGGAGCUGAAGAUAGGAGAAGGACCUUGACACCCCUGUCCCUGAGAUACAGCAUUCUCAGUGAAUCAACACCCGGUUUUCUCAGUGGGACAGAUCGAGCAGAUAUGAAGAUGGCUAUUAUAUCAGAGCACCUUGGCCUCAGCUGGGCAGAGUUGGCUCGGGAGCUGCAGUUCAGUGUGGAGGACAUCAACAGAAUCCGUGUAGAAAACCCCAACUCCUUGUUGGAGCAGAGCACAGCCUUGUUGAACCUCUGGAUCGUCCGUGAAGGCGAAAAUGCAAAGAUGGAGAAUCUGUACACAGCUUUGCGGAACAUUGACCGCAGUGAGAUAGUGAAUAUGUUAGAGGGCUCAGGCAGACAGAGCCGCAAUCUGAAGCCAGAACGCCGGCACGCAGACCGGGACUACUCCUUGUCACCCUCCCAGAUGAAUGGUUACUCCUCGCUGCAGGACGAGCUGCUGUCCCCCGCCUCCCUGCACUACGCGCUCCCCUCUCCGCUGCGUGCAGACCAGUACUGGAACGAGGUGGCCGUCAUAGACGCCAUCCCCUUGGCGGCCACGGAGCAUGACACCAUGUUGGAGAUGUCUGACAUGCAGGUGUGGUCCGCGGGCCUCACGCCCUCCCUGGUCACUGCUGAGGACUCCUCUCUGGAGUGCAGCAAGGCCGAGGACUCUGAUGCCACAGGCCACGAGUGGAAGUUGGAGGGGGCGCUCUCAGAGGAACCGCGGGGCCCCGAGCUGGGCUCUCUGGACCUUGUGGAGGACGACACAGUGGAUUCAGAUGCCACAAAUGGCCUUAUCGAUAUUCUUGACCAGGAGGAAGGUCAGAGGUCAGAAGAAAAGCUGCCAGGUUAUAAGAGGCAGGAGGACUCAACAGGUGCAGGGCAGGAUUCAGAGAAUGAAGUGUCUCUUGUUUCAGGCCAGCAGAGGGUGCAAGCCCGAAUCAUAGACUCGCCCAAUGUGAGUCAGGUGCUGGAGAGGAGCCAGGACAGACCACAGGACUGGGAAAGAGAAGGCUCCAUAGUCUCGUACCUGCAAGAUGCUGCACAAGGCUCCUGGCAAGAGGAGGUCACACAAGGCCCACACUCAUUCCAGAGAACCAUCACCACUGUCCGAGGGCUGGAGCCCAGCGGGUCUCAGGAGUAUGAGCAGGUGCUGGUGUCUGCAAGGGAGCACAGGCGGAUGGAACAGCCAGAGGCAGGGAGCUCCCAGGCAGACAGGGAACAGAGCCAACAGGGCCACAGGGAGUGGUCAGAGGCGGAGGCAGCCUCAAGCAGCUUCUUCUCCCGGGUUAUGCAGGGGAAUGAGCUUCAGAAUAUUCCAGGGGAGCAAGUGACGGAGGAACAGUUCACAGAUGAGCAGGGCAACAUUGUCACCAAGAAGAUCGUUCGCAAAGUUGUUCGGCAGAUAGACUCGUCUGGUGCCGAUGACACCCAGGAGCACCAGGAGGUGAUUGUUGAGGGGCCCCUGGAGGACCCUAGUGAGCUGGAAGCCGAUAUUGAGUACUUUAUAAAACAUGCCAAGGUGGAGCUAAGAGGGAGUGGCCUACACCCGGACCUGAUAGAGGGCAGAAAGGGGGCUCAGAUAGUGAAGCGGGCCAGCCUGAAAAGGGGCAAACAGUGAUCUCCAGUCUCUCCUCGGAGUAGCCUCUCAGGAGGAUCACACCUCAACACCCAACCCCUGAACUCCACACACUCUGCCAUGCACACAGGAGGAGAGCUGGACCGGAGGGCUACAGAAGCGCUGCACACGUUCCUCUAGGCUCACAGCACGAUCUCUGUAAGGGACUUCCUUUAGUCUCCUAUUCGCAUGAACGACUGACUGACUGUAGACGCAUGACCUACAGUCUUCAAUCCUGCCUCUAUCGACUACGGAUCUCUGUCGGAAAUCAGGGCAAAAGCAGCAAGAGGGGAGAGGAGAGAGAGGAUAGAAAACAAGUACAAGAGAGAGCAUAUGGAUGCAAAAGGGAAUAAGGGCUCUUUUGUGGCUGGGGAUGGUUUUUGGUUUUGUUUUUCUAAAAAAAUUGUUUUGAUUUUGACUUCGUACAGGGUAUUUUUUUUUUCCCCAACCUCAUCUGUAAGAAAUCCAUGUGGGCUUCCUGGAAAGAAAAAAAGAGAGAGAGAGAGAGGAAAAGAAAGAAAAAGAAAAAUAGGCAUGAAAUCAGUUUAGCACCUUCAUCCCAUGGCCUCACCUGCCAGCCAUCCCCACCUGCACACACCAAUUCCAUUCCAUUCCUGACAACCCCUCUACUCCCCAGUGGAUUGCUUCUUCCAGAAAGCUCUCCAUGACAUUCAGGACACACACACACACACACACACACACACCACACACGCGCGCGCACACACACACACACACACACACACACACACACCUUCGCUUCACUCUGUCUACACACUGAUUUUACUGUGAUCUCUGAAGCUGUAUAGAAUCUCCUGUGGAUAAACUGGAAUUUUUUUUUUAAUGUUGUCUCUCUCUCUCUCUCUGCCAGUUUCAGUAUUAAUCAUCUUCCAAUGGAAAAUCAUCACCUUGAGAGUGCAUUCAGGGUCUCUUGUGUUAGGGACUUAAGAAUUGGAAGUGAGGACCCCCAGGCUUAGCUUUAGGGCUCAAAGGGAGCCAGUGCUCCAUCUGAAAGGUCUCAGCUGGGGAAGGGCCGGUGGCUGCCCCAGGGUCGCACCAGCAUGUCCAAUAGAGAAGAGGUUUUCUAUAUCUUCAAGCACUUCUAUCAUAGUCUGUGUUUAAAGUGUAAACUGUACAGUAAUCAGCCUUGUGUAUAUGAAAAACAAUAAAUACUAUGCAAACCAAUAGAAACACUUUAGCAGUAUGUUCCAAGCACUAACAGCUCAGCUCCUGAGGACUUCUCCAGGCUGCGGGAGAAGGAGCUACAGGCUGUCUUUCAGUGAAAGAGGAAGGAAGGAAGUAGGGCUAGUGAAUGUAUCUGCCAGUUCUAGACGUCAGGACCACCCUAAGGUCUCCCAGAGCCAACUUGGUGCUCGAAGUCCAGGCAGCCCGCAGGCUGGGGGUGCAGGCGCUAGGUUGCAGGCUCGCCAGCCCCAGUGCCUCUGCCCUUCCGGAGACUCCUGACCACGUGUCCAGUGGGAGGAGAGCCGGAGGAGGAUGGAGCUGCUGACCACCAAGAGACCCCGGGCUGGCCAAAAGACCCUUCUAAGCCAGGCUCCGGGUCAGGGCAGGAAGGAAACCGACAGCUGGCUGUUCCUCGCCUCGGUGCCAUCAGGGAAGAGCCUUAAAGUUACAUUAGAGCCUCCGGCAGAGGGAGGCCCGAAUCAGCACAAUCUGGCCCCGUCCUUGCCCGGGCGGGCGCCCUCUAGGGCCAGGAGAGAGACUCUGGCAGGCUCUUCUCGCUCUCAAAGAGCCACUGUGGCGGAUGUCCAGUCACCUUCCUCCCCAGCCUCUCUUCGGAGGUGUCCUCUGGACACAUUUAAACCUUCCAAGUAGCACAGAAGCGCCCUCAACGUCAGAGACCCCAAGGCCCUGGAGACCAGCCGCAAAGGUCUCGGGCGGAACGGGAACAGCCGGGCCUCUGCCGUCUGGCCCGUCGGUGCCCUCCCGGGCCGAGUGCGGUCGGCCCAGAAGGCCGCGUCCCAGAGGGGCCGAGGCGCUCCGGUCCGUCCGGGGCGGGGUUUGCUUUUGCUCUCCGAGGGGGGCGGACAAGGGAGAGGAAGUGCCAACUCCCGGCCGCAGUUCUCGCUGAGGGCUGCGUCUGAGCAGCUGCAGGUUCGCAGCCUCCUCUUGGCACCAUGCGAGAUCCAACGCUGCUCGGACGCCGGCGCCGGGGCGCAGCGGUGGCGGCCGAACGCCCCGCCCCGCAGCAGCGCAGCGCCGCGAAGCAGAGCGCCCCGGCGCCCGGCCUGCCGCAGGAGAGGCCGGGCAUCGCGGCUGGGGACCGAUUCCGUGAAGGCUCAAGGAAGACAGGCGCAGGGCUCGCCUCCUCCGCCUCGAUCCUGUCCCUUCCUCUCCCGGGUCGCCGCUGCAGCCGAACCCAGUAGCCCCUCUUAGCGCCCCGCGUGGGCCCCGCGGCUCCAGGCUCUGCUUUGGCACUUUCCGCUCCGUCUGGCAUGGCUGCUUGGCCCGCCGGCCCCAGGCCUUCGGUGGCAUGGCUGCACGCUCCCGCGCUAGUAGGAGCUGUUUAGGGGAGGAGUUUGGGGUCUCCACAAGAUGCCUAGAGAAUGCUGCAGUCUGCACAUUAGACGCUUUUUAGAAGUUUUGAAAUUACCUUGAUUUUUUUAAUUGUUAUGAAAAACAAAUCAUUUCUCGACUCUCCCAUGCUCUGUUACUGGGAGAGUAUGCCCCACCCCACUCUGAUGUAUAGACCAUUCUCCCUACACCAGCUGAACAAAUGUCAAAAUUAAUAAAGAAAUUGACUCAUGA